AUGUUCCAGGGCGUGACGGAGCCGGGAGGCGGAACCGGGGCCGUCGACCGUGCGCUGGACGGGGCGAUUUCGCAACUGAUCGCCGACGGCGAGAUCAAGGGGAAGCUGGGCGAACUGACGCUGAUCCACACGCUGGGCCGGGUUUCCGCCAAGCGUGUGGUGGUGGCCGGCUUGGGCAAGCCGGCGGAUUUCGACACGGCCGCCGUGCGACGCGUCAGUGGCGACGUGGCCCGGUUCCUGCGGCGCAAAGGCGUCGACGAAUACGCGACCAUCGCCCACGGCGCGGGCAUCGGCGGGCUGAACGCUGUCGAGUCGGCGCAGGCCAUCGCCGAAGGCACCCUGCUUGGCCUGUACAAGUUCGACACCUACCGCAGCGGCGGCAACGGAACCUCUGGAGAUAGCGACGCGGACAGUGAUGGCGACGGGGUCGGCAGCGUCACGAUUGUGGAGCGCGAUGCAGGAACGGUGAGCGACCUGACCGCCGGCGUUUCCGUGGGAACGGUGUUGGCGGAAUCGACGAUGCUGGCGCGGGACCUGGUGAACCAUCCGGCGAACGUGAUGACACCUACGAAGAUGGCCGAAGCGGCGCGGGAGGUUGCGGAAUCAGUCGGUCUGGAAUUGGAUGUCAUGGACCGGGACCGGAUGCGAGAGCACGGGAUGGGCGCUUUCCUGGGGGUAGCGCAAGGCAGCGAGGAACCGCCCAAGCUCAUCGUACUGACCUACCGCGGAGACCCGGAUAAUCCGCAGAACAACCUGGGUUUGGUGGGCAAGGGCAUCACCUUUGAUACCGGCGGGAUCUCGUUGAAACCCGCCGCCAACAUGGAGGCGAUGAAGGGAGACAUGGCCGGCGGCGCUUCCGUGAUCGCCGCAAUGCGCGCCAUCGGGUCGUUGCAGCCCCGCAUUAACGUGACCGGGCUGAUCGCGGCUACGGAGAACAUGCCCGGCGGGCGGGCGCAGCGUCCCGGGGACGUGGUGACCGCGAUGAACGGCAAGACUAUCGAGGUUAUCAACACGGACGCUGAGGGUCGGCUGGUGCUGGCCGAUGCGCUGUGCUACGCGCGCAGCCUGGGGAUCACCCGGCUGGUUGACGUGGCAACGCUCACGGGCGCGAUGGUGGUAACGCUGGGAAAGGCGUGCACCGGCAUGAUGGGUAACUCCCACAAAUUGGCGAAAGACGUCGGGGUCGCCGGGGAGCGCAGCGGCGAACGUUUCUGGGAACUGCCCAUGCUUGAAGAUUACCGGGAGCUGAUCCGCUCCGACGUGGCCGACAUGAAGAACACGGGCGGGCGGCAAGCCGGCUCGAUAACCGCGGCGAUGCUCCUGCGUGAGUUCGCGGAAGACGCGGAUUGGGUCCACCUGGACAUCGCCGGCACCUCCACCGCCUCGGGCAACAAGGGACACGUGGUGAAGGGGGCCACCGAGUACCAACCCGGACGCUGGCCCAACUGGCGAUGA